AUGGCGUACUUACCUCCAACGUACAGCCACCUCCACCAGCGACUGAACUUGUUUCCCGUGCACGGAGUUGUCCGUAGUCUACUUAAAGUACGAUCGGAGCUUGCCGAAAAUAAUUUCACACUCUUGCUCGCCUCCUCGGGGCUGAGUUAUCUCAGCCACACCGGCGGCCCACACGACGUCAAAGUGAUUACGACGUGGCAGGGAGAAGACAUCUUGAAGACUAGCUGCAGUCGGAAUACAUCCGCACAGCUAGUCCCCGACAACCAUCUGGUAUUGGCAGGGCCACCCUAUCAUGAUGACGCUUGGCCACCUGCAGCGCCAAGAAAAACUCACGCCAACUCACGCCAACAUAAGCCGCCCGUCAUGCAUCAUGUCCGAGCACCGGGAAACGAUAACAAUAUUCAAUUGAGCGCUUGGCGCCAAUAUCUUCCAAUAGCCUGCAAGCACGUCGUCCUGUCUCUAGGGACCCACGUCAACAAGCUGGUUUCUCAUCCGCGCAACGUCUUCCUUAUUGUUGGGCUGUUCAGAGAGACUCCCGACGGAUCUCAGCCACCAAACCACGGAACGACGCUGAAUCCACGCUCAGACCGCCGCUCUGACAUCAAGGCUGGUAACGAAAGAACUAUUAAGCACAUCCCAUACCUCAAUGCAGACCACCAUUACAUGUCGUAA